UCCGAAUCGCCAUUUUGUUGUCGGCGUAAGCGGGGCGAAGAGGGCCUUGCGGACGCUGCUCGACAACGUAAGCGAUUUGAAACCCACCAGUGAGAGGUUACACGACAAAAUCGGCUCGCUGUACGAGUUAAUGGACUGCCUUCUGCUCAAUGCAUCCGCUGGCAACAAAUUGGGUGUAGGUUUGCCCUGCUCGAAGAUGGACGACAUCGCGGCGAGGGAAGAUGCCUGCCAAGAGUAUCAGUCCUCGCUGGAAGACCUGACGUUCAACAGCAAGCCGCACAUCAACAUGCUGACCAUUCUGGCCGAGGAAAACGUCAACUUCGCCAAGGAUAUCGUCGCGAUAAUUGAAGCACAAAUAAGCAAGGCCCCAGCAGUCGAGAAGCUUCCAGUUUUGUACUUAGUGGAUUCCAUAGUGAAGAAUGUUGGAGGAGAGUACCUUGCAGUGUUUGCUAAAAACCUAAUCACUUCAUUUAUAUGUGUGUUUGAAAAGGUGGAUGAGAACACUAGAAAGAGUUUGUUCAAGUUGCGAUCAACAUGGGACGAAGUGUUCCCUCUGAAGAAACUGUACGCGCUAGACGUACGAGUCAACUCUGUGGACCCGGCGUGGCCCAUCAAGCCUCUGCCGCCAACAGUCAAUGCCAGCAUCCAUGUCAACCCAAAGUUUUUAAAACAGUCUGAGGAGGCCCCAUCUCCACGGCCUACCCCUUCACAACCGCCACCGCCGCCGCAGGUAAUUCAGUCCAGCCUGAACCAAGAGCAGCUCAUCCGACAGCAGCUGCUGGCCAAACAGAAGCAACUUCUUGAACUUCAGCAGAAGAAAAUUGAACUGGAACUGGAGCAGACCAAAGCACAGCUGGCAGGAGGAUUUUCCUUGCUAAUGCCAACCCCAGUACCUCCCAUGCCAACCCCGAAACCAGUCGGCCAGCCCACUCCCGUCGUCCGACAAGUGAUUACUCCUCAGCCUCAGACUGAACCCAAGCUGCCCACUAGAGACCCGCGUCUAAACCGCGUUCCACCCCCAGGACCGUCUAAAGGCAAAGAGCACCCUGCUGGGAAAAAGGAAGCCCCUCCCACAAUGGUAGCCCCUGUUAUUGCACCAGAGAAACGGGCAUCAGAGAAGCCCCGGAUCCCGAAAAAGGAUGACAAGCCCAACAUUAAGUCUCCGUUGACUAAAAACAUCCAGAGCAAAAGCAAGCUUACUGAGGCUGACCAGAAGUCUGCAGACAACACAAAGAAAGAACCCCAGGUGAAGAAGCGUGCCCUGGACAAGGCUGGAGAAGACAAAGAUGAUGGGCAAAAAGAGAAGAAAAGAAGCAAUGACAAGCGAGAUGAGUCGGUGCGGGGAACCGAGCUUCCAAAGGCCUACAGAGGAAGAUUGCAGAACGGCUUGGUGACCAAACAUGAGCGCGGCGCAUCUGCCGAGAAAGUCGGCGGCAACGCCCGGACGCAUGCUAGGAAACGCUCUCGCUCCAGAUCGCGGUCUCCUGCGUCCUCUCCAAAGAGGAAAGACAGGAGGUCGCCCAAGAGCAGAACCAGGAGCUCCUCCCUGUCACCAUCCCCAUCGCGCAAGGCGGGGAAACCCCGGCGGGCCAGGGGUGAUGAAACGCCCCACGGUAAGAACGCGCGGGAUGACCGGCUGGCAUCAAAGAAGAACCAAGUAGAGAGCAGGCGCUCAAAGACGCCAGCAGAUGACCGCCGAUCCAAGUCCAGAGAUUCUCCACGGAGCCACGACGGAGGGAGCAACCAGGCCAAAGAUGCUCUUCCCCGCUGGAGAAGUGGCUGGGAUGAGAACAAACAUAAACCAGGAGACUCUCAAACAAAGCUAGGACCCCAGAGGCAUAAAUCCUACAACACACCAACACGUCCCACCACCCCGCGUACCCCAAAACAUCGACUAAGUGUGGAUGCCAACCUCCAGAUACCUGAAGCUCUGAACUCUGCAUCCAAGAAAGACCUGCUCAGAAGGGCGAGCAAGAGCCUGGAGAGUGGUGAGAUUUCGCAGGAGGACUUCCUGAACAUGGCCCACAAGAUCAAGAACUUCUUCCAGUAUCAGGAGGAGAAGCAACAGCGCCCAGAGAGUUGGAACACUGCUUCCAGUUUCCCUCCAAAGAAGACGUUGCUGUCCGCGCCUCCUGAGCCCAUGGACGCGGCUCAAUUGACCUACUUUGAGCACAAGUCCAAGCUGAAGAAGACACAAGUGGCACACCGUUCCACCGGAGAAGGCUGGGAAGGUUCGGAAGAAUGUGAGGGGGCAGGCCGGGCGCCACAUGAGCAGGGUGAGAGGAGAACCGUAGACCAUGAGGAAUCCAGACCUCCGCUCGCCCCCAUGGUAGAGGAGUACAACCAUGGAAAAGAGUUCCCUGCACUGAAAUCUUUGCCAGGCCUUCGCUUCAGGAGGAGGGCUGACCCAAGAGAGACUAGUGAGAGAGAAUGGAACUCCCCCUUGACUGAGCGUCAACGUGAGGAGCAGAAAAGCGGCUACGAUGCUCCGCGGCGGUUCAUCCCAUCGGCAGACUCGAGACAUCCUGACCCUCGGCGUCUGGACGGACUCCCCCCCUCCGGCGCCCCAGUUCUCAGGAACUGUCCGAGCCCAUCUGCUUUGGAAACUCCCAUCCCCAUGUUUGAGCGUGAACGACUAUCGCCCCUCCACCAGCAGGAAAUGACUGACAUGAGCCCCGUUCCGCGAUUCGAGAGCCCCAACAGCGUACACUCAGAUGAUGGGCCACUCCCAUCUGUCGCACCUCUUGCUCCUCAAUCCAUCCUCCAAGGGCCCAUGCUUGGGGCACUAUUGUCUAAUAUUCAUCAGACAAGUAAUUCCCCAGGACACACUCCUCCGCACAACGGAGGGCCCACAACGUGCCGGUUUGACGCUCCGGGACACAUGGCCCCGUCUGGGCCAAACCCUCCAGGCUGGUAUAAUGAGCCGUCCCACUUUGAGGGUCCUCAAGGCAGACCCCCUCAUCACAACAUGGCAGAGAGGUUUAAUGGACCACACAUUCCUCAGGGGCCAUUGAUAUGCACAGACAAUAUGGGUAAUUUUGACGGUCCUUCCGUCCCACAAGUUGUCCCAAGGUUUGACGGACCGGGUCCUGGGCACUUUGACGGACCGGGUCCUGGGCACUUUGACGGACCGGGUCCUGGGCACUUUGACGGACCGGGUCCUGGGCACUUUGACGGACCGGGUCCUGGCCACUUUGACGGACCGGGUCCUGGCCACUUUGACAACUCAGGCCCGUGCUUUAACAACAACCAGGGGCCCGGUCCUUCAUCAGUUGGUUUCCAGCAGCAGCAACUAAUGCCCUUUGAGAAUCCUGCAUUGCAGUUGGAAGGGUCUGUUGGUCCACUAUGUUUUGAGGGGCCUGGCCAGCUGGGACCCCGAUUUGAUAUACCUCCUCAGGGUCCACACUUUGAUGGCCCACCUGGUCAGCAGGGUCCCCCCAAGUUUGCGCCUCAACUCAGCAUACCCAUGCGACCAAUGCCCCCUCCUAUGUACGACAACACCCUUCAACCACCGCAAAACUUCACUAUGGCCCCACACCUUUUCCCGGAGCCACUCAACCCUCAAUUCCACCCGGGGCCGAUGGCGUCAAACAUGCAGACCAACUUCAACAUCCUGCCCGGUCCUCCAUUCAGCCACGCGGGUGCCGACGCCUUCUUCAACAGCACAGUGGCUUCCAUCAACAUGCAGCAGCCGGUCAACGUUUUGAACUUGAACCAACCAUAUCUGCCUCAGAACCCAGCGCCUUUUGGACAGCAAGCGCCCCAAAUGCCCCCCGCAGAAAACCACUUCAGUCAGGUUGACGUGAACGACUUGCUCUCCAAACUCAUCUCCACUGGCAUCAUAAAAGGGUCCCAGCAGGACACGACAGCCCCCACCAACGAGUUGCCCUCUUCAUCGGCACCAGAGGUACCUCCUCCAGAGGAGGAAGAAGACGAGGAGUUGGAGGACGAUUUCCCCGACCUCACCAACUUCAAGAUUGAUGACAUGAAACAACGUUAUGAGAGUGUGGUGACCAAGCUGUAUUCGGGGAACCAGUGCUGCCUUUGCAGCAUGAGGUUCACCAUUGCGCAGACAGACCUGUACGCCGACCACCUGGAUUGGCACUUCAGGCAGAACCAUGCCGGCAAGGUAGCUGGCAAAAAGAUAACGCACCGCCGCUGGUAUUACGGCCUUAUGGAUUGGAUCGAGUUUGAAGAAAUCGCCGACCUGGAGGAGCGAGCCAAGAGCCUCUUCUUUGAGAAGGAGAAUGAGGUGGAGGUUCGGAAGAGCCAGGCGGCGGCCAAAGAAAGGGAGUUUCAGAGCGUCAAGGCUGCCAAAGACCAAGUCGCAGAGUUGUGCGAAAUCUGCCAGGAACCGUUCGAGACGUACUGGGUGGAGGAAGAGGAGGACUGGUUCCUCAAGAAUGCCAUCAGGGUUGAUGAUAAGAACUUCCAUCCUUCCUGUUUUGAGGAUUAUAAAAAUACAUCAUCAUACAUGGACGUCACGCCAUCGCCCAACAAGGUGCUGAGCGAACAUCCGCUGAGUGUCUUCAUGAAGGCCGAGGAAGAUGAGGAUUCUCAAUCCUGUGACUUCCCCGCCCCAGUCAAGCAGGAAGCUGAUUGCGAGGACAAAGGCGAGCAUUCGGUGAAGAUUGAGGAAGAGGAUGAGGCACUUUUAACAGAUGUGCAAUCAGAAGAGAAGAGACUAUGAGCAGCUUCUCGGAUGCACUUUUUCUUUAUUCUGAAGGAAAAAGUCUUUGUUUGGUCGGCAAUUUAACUUGAAUACAUUUUGGUAUUUGUGCCGAGUGGUUCAACACUGCUGCUUCGAUAAAUGAAAUCUUUCCUUUUCGGGCUCAACAUGUAAAUGGUUUAAUUUAUACAUUAAAGUAUUUUUGGAA